AAUAGCGCCUGCAGCAGUCCUUCUGUGUGGACCUCUCCCCCCAGCAGUGAUGGCCCUGGCUGAUUUUCGCUACACCACCGGCAUCAGCAGCGGAUUCAAAGUCUAUAUCUUGGAAGGUCAACCCUCUCUUGAGAAUGAGCAGAGGUUCCACCGUCUCCCAACCCAUCGGUUGCCUGCCUACACAGUCAGACGCAAGCUCAGCAUGGAUGUGAAAAGCCUGGAUGCCAGCUUGGAGGGGCUGAAGAUGCCCAAGAUCUGGCGAGCAGCAUGUGGACCUUCAGCAACCUCCCCUGAGCAAAUGGCACCUCACGUUGCGGAAGCCCCCAUUGCUGUGGCCUGCAUCACCACCUCCAGAGCUGAGCCUUGCAAGGAUUCUCGGGCUCUCCACCUUUCCUGCCCACACCAGUGCCCCCUGAGGAAGCCCCUGCUGGAUCCAGCCCUCACCGUGUCCCAAUUGCAGCAGAUGCGCCCGUCAGUCAUCACCUGCGCCCCACGCCGGAGCUGCCCAGAGACACCUACAAGCACCAGCCCUCCACAGAUCCACCUGUCGAAGCAUGAGAGUGACGGGAGCCCUGCUUCUCCCCACGCACAGAGCUGCCAAGUGUGGGCGACGGGCUCAGCAGGAGCUUCAGCACAGCUUGCUGAAGAAGCCUCUCCCAAAGAGGGAUUCAUGGGGGCAGAGCAGGAUCUGUGCCCCAGCCCCUGA